UUUCAACGCUUCCUCUCUCAGUCCAUUGACACCUCACCAUUAAGCUUCAGUCAGUUUCUCGCUUAAGCUACGCAACCGAUUCCUUCAACGCAAUCACAAUUUUCACAUGCUCAUAAUCUCAUCCUCUUUCAUCUAAGCAGCCACCAUCAGAUUCUCGCCCGAUGGAUUUCUCUCCAGUCAAAUCGUUCCUGCUCGGAGCUCGGGCUUCGGCGAAUUCCUUCUUGGAAGGCUACGAGCCGCUGGUUCUGUUUUCGACGCCGCUGAUCGGACUCUUGGUCGCGUCAAGGCUUCAGUCGGUGAUCAGUGUCCUGCAGGAGAACGGAGUCAAGGCCACUCUCAUAGGCUUGUUCAUGAGCUUCAUCAAGCUGGUUCCUGGAGUGAAGAAGUACAUAGACGCCGAGAAGCAAAAGGUGGUGGAUCAGUUACAGUCUGGUGGUAACUCUAAAAGAGAGAAUUGGAGAACUGAGUUGCCUGGCGCGGGGUUGGGAGCGGGAGUUCUUGACCAGAUGAAAGAGGAGAAGAGAAAAGAUGUGGCUUGGCAAGGCAAAUGCUCUGGUACAGUAUAUAUUGGAGGAAGUGAAUUCGAAGGACAUUUUUCUCUAAUUAAUGAGGCAUGCUCAAUGUUUGCACAUACCAAUCCACUACAUAUGGAUGUAUUCCAGAGUGUUGUACGGUUUGAAGCAGAAGUGGUUGCGAUGACAGCUGCAAUGGUUGGAAGUAAAACAAAGUCUUCCGGAGGACAAAUAUGUGGAAACAUGACAUCAGGAGGAACUGAAAGUAUAUUACUAGCUGUGAAAACAUCACGUGAUUAUAUGAAAGCCAGGAAGGGGAUUAAAAAACCUGAAAUGAUAAUACCUGAAUCUGCACACUCAGCAUACGACAAGGCUGCACAAUAUUUUAACAUCAAGCUCUGGCGUGUCCCUGUAGAUAAAGAGUUCCAAGCAGAUGUCAAAGCGAUCAGAAAAUUCAUUAAUAGAAACACCGUUUUGAUUGUUGGAUCUGCACCUGGUUUUCCUCAUGGCAUUAUUGAUCCUAUUGAGGAACUUGGUCAAUUAGCUUCUAGCUUUGAUAUCUGUCUCCAUGUCGACCUUUGUCUUGGGGGAUUUGUACUACCUUUCGCUCAAAAGCUGGGGUAUCCGAUUCCACCCUUUGAUUUUUCAGUUAAAGGAGUGACAUCAAUAUCAGCUGAUGUGCAUAAAUAUGGGUUGGCUCCUAAAGGAACAAGCAUAGUUCUGUACAGAAACCAUGACAUUAGAAAGCAUCAAUUUGUGGCUGUUACGGAGUGGUCAGGAGGGCUGUAUGUAUCUCCAACCAUGGCUGGAAGCAGACCUGGUGGGUUAAUUGCUGGGGCUUGGGCAGCUAUGAUGGCUUUGGGGGAGGAAGGGUAUCUGGAAAACACAAGGGCUAUCAUGGAAGUAUCCAAAAAACUUCAAAAAGGGUUAGAGGAUAUUCCCGAGUUGUUCAUCAUUGGACGGCCAGACAUGACAGUUGUUGCAUUUGGUUCUAAUGUUGUUGAUAUAUUUGAAGUCAAUGAUAUCAUGUCAUCUAAAGGCUGGCAUUUGAAUGCAUUGCAAAGACCUAACAGCAUUCACAUAUGUAUGACACUUCAACAUGUACCAAUUCUUGAUGACUUUCUGAGGGAUCUAAGGGAAUCUGUGAAAACCGUAAAAGAAAAUCCAGGUCCCAUAAGUGGAGGGCUCGCUCCUAUUUAUGGUGCUGCAGGGAGGAUGCCAGAUAGAGGUAUGGUCCAGGAUCUGCUGGUAAAUUACAUGGACGGUACAUGCUAGUGGUGCUGUCAAAAUUGAAUUUGUACAUCAUACUUGUGUGUCGUGCCUGAUUCAUUGGUUAAUUUAUAAGAAACAUUUACAAGAAAACCAGUUAUAAGUAAAAUGAAUAGUCAUUCAUUGAAUAUCAUCAAAUACUUGUCUGUAUCUGCUCCUUGUAUACAAUGUAAGGAUUCAAUUGCCUAAUCCGCAAAGUGUAAAAUGAAGUCCUUCAUUGAAUAUCAUCAAAUACUUCUCUGUAUGUGCUCCUUGUAUACAAUGUAAGGAUUCGUUUGCCUAAUAUACAAAGUGUUUGCCCAUCACUUGUUGGAGCCUCC